AUGAGCAUUGCACUUCGUCGCGUCUGCUGCCGAUGGCCUGACAUCCGAUCUACAACGUCCCUGACAGCCACCUGCCGGUCGCUGCCAUUGGUAGGAUCAGCAACACCCUUCCGCCCAGCUGUUCCGGCUUCCCGGGACGCACGAUACCAAGACAAUGGCCGCGCGUUCUCUGUCAGCCGCGCCCUGCAGGCCCAGGGCAUCGAGCCAGACCCAGGCGCCAAGGCCAAGGAUUUGAGCCACAAGGCUGUUCACGAAGAGGAACAGGAGUUUAGCGAAGAGUUCGCCCGACGAAAACAGGCUCAUCGACCGUGGCACCGGGCUGGCAGCGAAGCGGAGCCGCCGAGCUCGUCGCCCGACCCAACGCACGGCGACAAGACGCGAGGGCGACUGCUCACAACACCGACGCGGCUCCUGAAGCUCAUCCUGCCGCUCCCUCUGCACGCCGACAAGGCAGACCGAAACCUGAACGACGAAGGCAAAUCCGAGGCUGCCCUCGCGAGGGAGGAGCACGAGGAGAUCCAGCCGCUCGCCCUGCUCAUACACCCACACCAGCCGCUCUCGUACAUUGAGCGUCUGCUGCAGGCCGAAGUCCCUCCCAUCGUCGACGGCAACGUGCAGCGUCCUCCCGCCAUUUCGUUCCGCGCCGAAGCCGACCUCGGCGAGGACGAGAGCACGAAGAAGAAGCCGUCGAAGAAGACGAAAAAGGGACAGAUCAACGCGACGAAGAAGCCAGAGGGCAACGUGUCGUCGUACUCGGGGCUCGGUCACGACGGGCCGGCGCGGGCGUCUUCGGAGGCCAACUGGGUCAAGUGGAGCAGCAGCACAGAGAUUGGCGACUUUAUCCGCGACGCGGCGCGCGGGCGCGAGUUCGCCGUCGCCAUUGAAGGGUACGACAGGGAGCUGCGGGUGGCGGUGCCGAGCUUCAACGACCGGACGUACUACAUGCGGGUGCGGCUGCGCAAGAUGUCGCGGCGCGUCGAGUCACAGGCCAAGAUCAAGCAGGACUGCGACGAGCUGGCGCACAAGGCGGUGCACCGGAUCGCGCAGGGCGGCUUCGCCAUGCUGCUCGGGUGGUGGGGCACGGUCUACUACGUGACGUUCCACACGGACGCCGGCUGGGACCUCGUCGAGCCCGUCACGUACCUCGUGGGCCUGACGACCAUCAUGGGCGGCUACAUGUGGUUCCUCUACGUCAGCCGGGAGCUGAGCUACAAGGCGGCGAUGAAGGUCACGCUGUCGAAGCGGCAGGAGGCACUGUACGCGGCGCGCGGGUUCAACUACGAGAAGUGGGAGGGGCUCGUGGAGGAGGCCAAUGCGCUGCGCCGCGAGAUCAAGAUGGUGGCCAACGAGUACGACGUCGACUGGGACGAGAUGGUGGACCUCGGCGGCGAGGAGGUCAAGGAGGUGCUCGAGGAGGAGAAGGAGAAGAAGAAGAAGAAGAAGAACAGCGGCAAGAAAGAAGACGAGGAGGAAGACGACGAAGACGACGAAGACGGCGCUGAGCGCAAGCCGAAGCGGUCUGGAGAGAAGAAGGGCAACAACGGCAAGGAAAAGCAAGGCGAGCGGGACUGA